UCUUUACACGACCUUCUCCAAUCUCAAAUCUGUGGGCUCUCCAGUUCUUCACUUCCACUUAUUCCCCUGUUAUAAUAUCUCCCAAAGAUCUAUUCUUUUCAUUCAUUGAUUCAUUCCAAGACUUAAAACAGAUUUACCUAUGUUCAUCAAAUUUCUUUUUCUUCCUCCAAAGUCUCUCUUUUUGUCCUCAAAUUCAUCAAGUUUCCAUGGCUUCUGAAACUAAAGCUCCUCCUUUGUUUGAAAGGUUGUUGAGGCAAAGAGACCUCUAUUUCUUUCUGCCUUUAAUCUUGGGUGUCUCCAACAACGGUAACAACAGUGUUUCAAGAGAAAACAGUGAAGACCCAGAUCGAGAAACAUCACAGGAAACGACUUCUCAACGUGAAAGAAUAGUUUUCAUCAACCCAUUUACUCAAGGCAUGGUGGUGAUUGAAGGAGACUCAAAUUUGGAAGCUUUGUUACGUGGUCAGGCUAACAAAGAUGGCCAGCCGCCUGCUUCGAAAGCAUCCAUAGAAGCUUUGCUAAGUGUGGAAAUCGGUGAAAGUGAAUAUGGGGAGUGUGUUGUUUGCUUGGAAGACUGGAAGCCUGGUGAGGUAGCAGAGGAGAUGCCUUGCAAGCACAAGUUUCAUGAUGGGUGCAUAGAGAAGUGGCUUGAAAUUCAUUGGACAUGCCCUGUUUGCAGGUAUAAGAUGCCUGUUGAUGAGGAAGAUAUGGGCAAGAAGAGAGAUGAGCAGAGGAGGGAGAUUUGGGUUAGUUUUUCUUUUAACAGUAGUAGGAGAAGUGAGGAUUCAAAUCAAGUUCCUUCAGCUGAUUCUAGUAAUGUCUCUACUUUCAAGUCUAUUGCUUUCGGACUUGGUUUGAUAUCAUUGUAGCAUUGGUUGUUGAGAUCAAAUGAUCCCAAGAACCCAGACUUCCUUGAACGGCUACGGGUUUCCUCCUCGGGAAGCUCCAAUCUUUUAGCUAGUGAUUGCUCAAUACAUAUGCCAUCAGAAUUGUUACUCGUACUUAUUUUCUUUCCAUUUGCUUGAUUGAUUGAACCACUCAAAGGCUUCUUUUCUUGGUGAAAGUCCAUUAAUGAAAGUUCAACAUUUGGGGAACAAAUAUUCUCAGUUUUUGGUGUCCUAUUGUCAUCUUGCCCCGUGUUCUCGGGAGAUGUCAAUGAGCUCUCCAUGGAACAUAUAGUACUUCUCGUAGCCUUUCUUUCUCUUUCUAUUGAGCCUGAACCUCCUACAUCAGUUAGAUCAGAAAACGAAGAACUUGUGCAGCCGGUGUUAACCAUUGAGACUAGCUGAGAGAGUUCAGCUUUGGCAAGUUCUACACCAACAGAAGAGCUAUAUUCAGCCAUUGUUUCUUGUGCUUUCUUUAAUACUGAUUGCAGAUACUUCCCUUGAGCUUCAAUUCUUAGCUGUAAAUGUCUCUGGACCUGGAAAUGGUGAAAUUAGCUUGAUUGAUAUGCAUUGAUGCAUUAGCAGAAAACCAUAUAUUCAAACUGAAAUUGGUAUAAUAUGGUUUAUAUAUACAUACCUCAAUUUGUUCAUGAAGCUUUCUUUGUACUUCCAUCUGCAGUUGGAGAGCCUGAGAAAUCCGCUUGCUUCUGAUGAGCACAAUAAUAAGAGUGUCAACACUAUCUGUUUUAUCACCGUUUCCAUCCGAAGUUUACCAAAAGACAUAGGAAUCACAAUCCAUAUUUGUAACUAUUACUCAUUCAUUUGCUUGUGAAUUCCACUUGUGUCACUAAUGAAGUUCCCAUACCUGCCCUGUGUUUCUUUGUAAUCCGUAUGACAACAACAGAAGGGAAAGAGAAAAAAAUUAUUAUGGAGUUCUAAAACGAUAUGAAUAUAGAUACAACAACCAAUGAAUUCUUAGCCUCACCAUCUUGUUUAUCAUUGCCAAGGCAGAUUUCUGUCUGUUGGGUUCUCCCCAGCCUGUAUUUCUGCAAGAAAAAUGUAGUUAAAGCAUGGUUUUUUCUUCCUAUUACAAAAAUAUUAUUGAUAUGAUCAUAUAAUGUAAGAGUAAAUUGCCUGUAAAUGGCUUUUAAGAUGAUACAAAGUGAGUCCAGAGACCCCCAUGACCCUCAUCACACUCUUUGGUGUUGCUUCUGUCAAGAAA